AGAAAACAUUUGCUAAAUGGACCACUAAACUAAUCGAAAUCAACGAUUCUCCCCUGAAAAAUCGAAAAAAAUGAAGAUAUUAAUUCAACUUUUCUUCAUCCAAUUGAUCCGUCAGACGUCCGGCGGUGAACUAGUUGACGUUCAAUUACAGGAACUUCGACUCGGACAAAGAAACGUAUGUCCACACGAAGAAGUUGAAAUUGUCACAUUAAAGGAGCCGUGCGUCCAGGCGUACACAAAAUAUGUGAGAAGUCGGAAACCGGGAUGUAAUGGAAAAUUUCAAAGUUGCGCCGUUCGGCAACCAAAAACCAUCUACUUCCACACCUACAAAAAAGUGAAUCGAACUCGGCGGCAUACCGUCGCAGAAUGUUGUCCAGGAUGGGUGCACCGACCAGGAGAAGCCGGGUGUCAACGAGCAAAUUGCUCGGCGGAUCUAUGUCACAAUGGUGGAACCUGCGUUCCGUCGGAGCAUAAUGACAAUGAGCAGGUGUGUGAGUGUCCGGUGGGGUUCACUGGAGCAAAGUGUCAAUAUGAUGCAAACGAAUGUAUGGCAAAUAAUGGGGGAUGUGAACACGAAUGUGUGAAUACAAUAGGCACUUACUACUGUAGAUGUUGGCCUGGAUUCGAACUUUCUGGCGAUGGAAAUACAUGUAGUGAUAUUGAUGAAUGUGCAGUUUCAAAUGGAGGUUGCUCGGAUAGAUGUGUUAAUUCUCCGGGAGGAUUUAGAUGUGAUUGCCCGUCGGAUUUGUAUUUGCAUGCUGAUGGAAGAACUUGUGGAAAAGUAACAUCGUGUUCCACUGACAACGGAGGAUGUGAACAUGAAUGUGAAAAUGAUUCAAAUGGAGAAUUCUACAGAUGUAGAUGUCGAGUUGGAUUCAAAUUGUCUGAAAAUAAAAGAUCUUGUCAACCAGUGGAUCCUUGUUUCGAUAAUAAGGGAGGCUGUCAACAUCACUGCACAAAUAAUCAUGGAAGAGCACAAUGUCAAUGCUAUCCUGGUUUUCAUUUGUCUUAUGACAGGAGGUCUUGUGUUGACAUUGACGAAUGUGCCAAAAACAAUGGAUGUGAGCAUUUCUGUGAGAAUGUCAAAGGAACAUACAGAUGUAAAUGUCGAGAAGGUUAUCAACUUGGAAGAGACGGAAGAACUUGUGAGGAAAUGCUUGGAGGAUGUCAAGUUGGAAAUGGUGGAUGCCAACAUGAUUGUUAUGAUCAACCGGAUGGCGGGCACGUUUGCAAGUGUAGAAAUGGAUAUAUUCUUGCAAACGAUCAGAAGCUUUGUCAUGAUAUCAACGAAUGUCAUGAGAAUAAUGGGGACUGUUCACAGAUUUGUGUCAAUUUGGCAGGUUCUGUGGAAUGUCAAUGUAAGCCUGGAUUUAGGUUGAUGAAGGAUCGGAAAACUUGCGAAGACAUUUCGGAAUGCUCCUCAAAUAAUGGAGGUUGCGAGCAAAUAUGCAGCAAUCAAGAGGGAGGUUACAUGUGCUCUUGUGAGCCAGGAUUUGAGCUAUCAGAAGAUGGCCACAGUUGUCAUGAUAUGAAUGAAUGUCUUAUCAAUAAUGGAGGAUGUGCUCAACUUUGCAAAAAUCGGAAAGGAAGUCGGAGGUGUCAAUGCUUUGCGGGCUAUAUUCUGGCUCACGAUGAAAAAAGUUGUGUUGCUGCGUCAGACAGUGCCGAUAUAUUCAGUAAUGAUAUUGAAGAUUAUUCGAAAGUACCUGGACUGGAUUCUAUUGAUGAAGUAAUAUCAUCAAUUGAAAGUUAUCCAGCAGAUGAGAGCCCAAGACCAUUGGUUUUUGGACGGAGACGGCAUGUUAAAGAAUGUCCCAACGGAUUCUUUGGCUCCACGUGUCAACUCUCCUGUUCCGACUGUCAAAAUGGUGGAAAAUGUUCGAUGCGAGGUUCCGGGCUCUUGUCUAAAUGUGACUGUCCUUCCGGUUACACCGGAGAAAAGUGCGAGCAAAUCUGUCGAAAUGGGUAUUGGGGAGUCGAUUGUGCUCAUAAAUGCUCUUGUAAACUGUGUGACCCGUCAACUGGAUCCUGUAGGUGUGAAGACCCGGAAAAGUGCUCAGAUGGACCGUGUCCAGAUGGUUUCUACGGAUCCCAGUGCAAUUUAAAAUGCCGAAUGGACUGCCCAAAUGGUCGAUGUGAUCCAGUUUUUGGUUACUGUACUUGUCCAGAUGGACUUUACGGACAAAGUUGUGAAAAACCGUGCCCACACUUUACUUUUGGAAAGAACUGUCGGUUCCCGUGUAAAUGUGCAAGAGAGAACUCUGAGGGGUGCGAUGAAAUUACCGGAAAAUGCCGUUGCAAGCCCGGUUACUACGGUCAUCACUGCAAGCGGAUGUGUUCCCCGGGACUGUUUGGUGCCGGAUGCGCCAUGAAAUGUUCGUGUCCUGCUGGUAUCCGUUGUGACCCUGUGACAGGAGAUUGUACAAAGAAGUGUCCGGCUGGAUAUCAGGGAAAUUUGUGUGAUCAGCCAUGUCCUGCCGGUUACUUUGGAUACGAUUGUGAGCAAAAGUGCAGCUGUGCUGACGUGGCAUCUCCUCACAAGUCGAAAGUGUGUCAUCACGUGACCGGAACAUGCACCUGUCUACCCGGAAAGACCGGACCACUUUGUGAUCAAUCUUGUGCACCGAAUACAUAUGGUCCGAAUUGUGCGCACACUUGUUCUUGUGUGAACGGAGCAAAAUGCGACGAAAGCGAUGGUUCCUGCCAUUGUACACCCGGAUUCUAUGGAGCCACUUGUAGUGAAGUUUGUCCAACGGGUCGUUUUGGAAUCGAUUGCAUGCAGUUAUGCAAGUGUCAAAAUGGAGCAAUAUGUGACACAUCGAAUGGCUCAUGUGAAUGUGCUCCUGGAUGGAGUGGCAAGAAAUGUGACAAAGCUUGUGCUCCAGGAACAUUCGGAAAAGAUUGUUCCAAGAAAUGUGAUUGUGCUGAUGGAAUGCACUGUGAUCCAUCGGAUGGAGAAUGCAUUUGUCCACCGGGAAAGAAGGGUCACAAGUGUGACGAGACAUGUGAUUCUGGGCUAUUUGGUGCUGGAUGUAAGGGAAUAUGUUCAUGUCAGAAUGGUGCCACGUGUGAUUCUGUGACGGGAUCUUGUGAGUGUCGACCUGGAUGGAGAGGCAAGAAAUGUGAUCGUCCGUGUCCGGAUGGAAGAUUUGGAGAAGGGUGUAAUGCGAUUUGUGAUUGCACAACUACAAAUGACACAUCGAUGUACAAUCCAUUUGUCGCCCGCUGUGACCACGUGACUGGAGAAUGCAGAUGUCCUGCUGGCUGGACAGGACCCGAUUGUCAAACAUCGUGUCCACUGGGUCGUCAUGGUGAAGGAUGCCGCCAUUCUUGUCAAUGCUCAAAUGGAGCAUCUUGCGAUAGAGUCACAGGAUUCUGUGAUUGUCCAUCAGGAUUUAUGGGAAAGAAUUGUGAAAGUGAAUGUCCUGAAGGACUAUGGGGAUCCAAUUGUAUGAAGCAUUGUCUGUGUAUGCAUGGAGGAGAGUGUAAUAAAGAAAAUGGAGAUUGUGAGUGUAUCGAUGGAUGGACAGGACCUUCGUGUGAAUUUUUAUGUCCAUUCGGUCAAUUCGGAAGAAAUUGUGCUCAACGCUGCAAUUGUAAAAACGGAGCAAGUUGUGAUCGUAAGACAGGCCGUUGUGAAUGUCUACCUGGAUGGAGCGGGGAGCAUUGUGAAAAGUCGUGUGUCAGUGGACACUAUGGAGCCAAGUGUGAGGAGACGUGUGAAUGUGAAAACGGAGCACUUUGUGAUCCAAUCAGUGGACAUUGUUCUUGUCAACCAGGAUGGAGGGGCAAGAAGUGCAAUCGACCAUGUCUCAAGGGCUAUUUCGGCCGUCACUGUUCCCAAAGUUGCCGUUGUGCCAACAGCAAAUCAUGUGAUCAUAUCUCUGGUAGAUGUCAAUGCCCAAAAGGAUACGCUGGACAUUCUUGCACAGAACUUUGUCCAGAUGGAACUUUCGGUGAAAGUUGUUCUCAGAAAUGUGACUGCGGAGAAAAUUCGAUGUGUGAUGCGAUAAGUGGGAAAUGUUUCUGUAAACCGGGGCAUUCUGGAAGUGAUUGUAAGAGUGGAUGUGUUCAAGGAAGGUUCGGUCCUGACUGUAAUCAGUUAUGUUCCUGUGAGAAUGGAGGAGUUUGUGAUUCUUCGACUGGUUCAUGUGUAUGCCCGCCGGGGUAUAUUGGAACAAAAUGUGAAAUUGCUUGUCAAUCGGAUAGAUUUGGUCCAACAUGCGAAAAAAUUUGCAAUUGCGAGAAUGGUGGAACCUGUGACCGUCUAACUGGACAAUGUCGAUGCCUCCCUGGAUUCACAGGAAUGACAUGUAAUCAAGUAUGUCCCGAAGGAAGAUUCGGUGCCGGAUGCAAAGAAAAAUGUCGUUGUGCAAAUGGACAUUGUAAUGCAUCAAGUGGAGAAUGUAAAUGUAAUCUCGGAUUCACUGGACCAAGUUGUGAACAAUCAUGUCCGUCUGGAAAGUAUGGAUUGAAUUGUACACUGGAUUGUGAGUGUUAUGGACAGGCAAGAUGUGAUCCUGUACAAGGAUGUUGUGAUUGUCCGCCUGGAAGAUACGGUAGUAGAUGUCAGUUUUCGUGUCCCAAUGGAUUCUACGGAUGGUAUUGCUCACAGUCUUGUUCCUGUCAGAAUGGGGCUCAUUGUGAUGGAGCCGAUGGGCGGUGUCUGUGUCCAGCAGGUUUUCAGGGCGACAAAUGUGAACAAAAGUGUUCAGAAGGAUCAUUUGGGCCAGCAUGCAGUCAACAGUGUAAUUGUGGAAAGUACAAAUGCGAUGCGACAGAUGGAAAAUGCAUAUGUCCAGUUGGAAGACACGGACCUCUUUGUGAAGAGGAGUGUAGACCUGGAAGAUAUGGACAGUCUUGUCAGAAUAAAUGUCAAUGUUUUAAUGGAGCCACGUGUGAUGCUAGAACUGGCCAAUGCAGUUGCUCCCCGGGAUGGCUCGGCCCAACGUGUCAAAUUGAAAUGAUGGACCCGAACAAUGUGGCAAAUCGUGGAGAUUUGCCCGAAGACUGGGAAUGGCGGAAAAAGCGAUAAAUAUUUCAAUUUCAAAAUUAAAUUUAUUUUUAUUUUCAACAAUUCAAUCUCUUGCCCAAAUCUUUCUUCCCCUCAUUUCUCAUGUAAGAAUCUCAUUUUUUGACAGUUAGCCUAGUUAUGUUACAGUUGAUUAAUUUAAAUACUUUUACUGUUUCAGUACUAAAAUUUAUAAAAAUCCGAGUGUCUUUUUCUUAAUGAAAUCAGUUUCAAUUAUUCCAAGCCAUAAUAACUUUCCAUGUUUUCACACAGGUCUAUGUGUUUCAUUAAAUAAAUUUGUACCUUUGUACCUAUUUGUAACAUUU